AUGGACGGCCAUUGCGAAGCGGAGCGCAUAUCAGUACCGAUAAUGAAGAGCGCUCGUUUGGUUCCAGUAGAUCAGCAACCUCUUUACUUUGGCUUAUUCGCAUGUAACCUUGAACGCUCUCAUAUGCUCAGAGCUUUUGUUUGUUGUGCUUUUCUGCGACAGGUUGAUUACGCGCCUGCAAGGUCAGGCCCAGUUCGCACCAGAGGGGAUCAGAACGAGCAAAUUGUCGAAAACCCGACAAUGCGGAUGAUGUUGACUCUUGAGGGCUGCUCCGAGUCCUACUAUUGCUCCCCUAGCGCGUCUCACAUCCGUGCGAGCUCAUCAUGGCCACCAAAGAAUGGCGUCUACAGCGUUGAUCUGGCUCCGUCGUUUCCCUUCAGCUUCGAACGUCUGUUCUCUGUCUCGCACACAGCCUCACUCCUCUGGGGCCAGAGCCCAGACAUAUUGCACCACAAGAGCGGCGGAGUAGAAUUUCUAGAUUCUAUAGGAGACUCUCUCUUCCCCCCUCCCCACCUGCACUCGCCUUAG